GAUUAGUUUGGGAAGUAGCGCGGACUGCUCAUCCGAUCCGUGCGGCGCGGCCAGUGUGUCAAGUUACAGAGGCGCCGGAAUCGGCCCCAGCGCUCCUCGGCAGUGGCCACGACCCACCUCUGCCUAUGGGGCCCUCCAUGUGCGCCCCUUCGCCCCGCGACUGAAACCGGCUCGCCCGGGGGCCGCGAGACACCAAGAAGGACCGACAGCGCAGAACCAACUCGAGGACUCUGCAGAUACUUGAAGGGAAACACGGGGCGGAGAGGAGAGUCGGCCAGAUUCCCCUAACUUUCCUGGACUUGGAACGUACUUCGAAGUAACUUUUUUCUCACCCGAGUGUACCCCGAUUACCGCUGGUUGUGCUUUUUCGGCUUUCCCUCUCCUGCUGCUAAUUUUUCCAUCCUCUUUGCCGGGAGCAAAGGAAAGGGACUUGUUCCAGCGACAUAACCCCUUUCCCCCUGCCCCGCGGCUUGGAUCGCACCUUUGGGCAGCGGUUCUCGCCUUUAUUUAUUCUAUUUAUUUAUUUAUUGGUUCUCGAGAAGCGAGGGGAUGGUAGUGGAGCGCGCCAGCAAAGCGGCAACCGCCGGUGCCCGCGGCCCUGGAGAGUUGGGCACGCCCGAGACGGUGGCGCUAGCGGUGGCGCCGGCGGAGCGCUGCGCGCGGCUGCCGAGCCCGGGGUCGUGCGGGCUGCUAGUCCUGGCCGUCUGCUCGCUGGCGCUCAGCCUGCUCGCCCACUUUCGGACGGCCGAGCUGCAGGCCCGGGUGCUGCGCCUGGAAGCGGAGCGAGGGGAGCAGCAGAUGGAGACGGCUAUUUUGGGACGAGUCAACCAACUGCUGGACGAGAAAUGGAAGCUCCACUCUCGGAGGCGCCGGGAGGCCCCGAAGACGUCUCCAGGGUGUCACUGCCCGCCAGGACCUCCUGGUCCCACUGGAAGGCCUGGCCUCCCGGGAGACAAAGGUGCCAUUGGGAUGCCUGGACGUGUGGGCGUAAAGGGCCAACCAGGCGAGAAGGGGGCCCCAGGAGAUGCCGGCAUGUCCAUCAUCGGUCCCCGUGGCCCCCCUGGUCAGCCGGGCACUCGAGGUUUUCCUGGAUUUCCGGGUCCCAUUGGGCUGGACGGCAGACCGGGCCACCCCGGACCGAAAGGGGAGAUGGGCCUGAUGGGUCCCCGAGGACAGCCGGGACCUCAAGGACAAAAAGGAGAAAAGGGUCAGUGUGGAGAGUACCCACACCGGCUGCUGCCUCUCCUCAAUUCAGUGCGACUGGCUCCACCCCCAGUCAUAAAAAGGCGGACCUUCCAGGGUGAGCAGGGCCAGGCCGGCAUCCAAGGCCCACCAGGGCCACCAGGGCCCCCUGGACCGAGUGGACCUCUGGGGCACCCGGGACUGCCAGGGCCCAUGGGGCCACCAGGCUUACCUGGGCCUCCUGGACCGAAGGGAGACCCGGGGAUCCAGGGCUACCACGGCCGGAAGGGAGAACGGGGCAUGCCAGGGAUGCCAGGCAAACAGGGAGCGAAGGGUGCUCCUGGAAUCGCUGUGGCUGGGAUGAAGGGUGAGCCAGGGACCCCAGGAGCCAAGGGAGACCCAGGAGCAGCAGGGAAGCCGGGGCCCCCAGGUUUGCCGGGAAAGAGGGGGCAGAGGGGUGAGAAGGGGGCUGCAGGCCCCCCUGGGCCACUCGGCCUCCUGGGGCACAAGGGAGAGAAGGGUGAUGCUGGCAACUCCAUUGGAGGAGGCAGAGGGGAGCCUGGCCCCCCAGGGCUCCCUGGACCCCCAGGGCCGAAGGGAGAAGCUGGUGUCGAAGGCCGGGCCGGGCCCCCAGGACGGCAAGGAGACAAGGGGGAGCCUGGAGCAACUGGAGAAGAGGGACCAGCUGGCCCCAAGGGUUCCAAGGGAGAACCGGGGAAAGAGAUGGUGGAUUACAAUGGAAACAUCAAUGAGGCUCUCCAGGAGAUCCGAACGCUGGCCUUGAUGGGGCCCCCUGGUCUUCCCGGGCAGAUCGGCCCACCAGGAGCUCCAGGGAUCCCAGGCCAGAAGGGGGAGAUUGGACUGCCAGGCCCUCCAGGACACGACGGGGAGAAGGGACCUCGAGGCAAACCAGGAGACAUGGGCCCUCCUGGUCCCCAAGGCCCCCCUGGGAAGGCUGGGCCUGCAGGAACGAAGGGAGAAGACGGACACACGGGGAGCCCGGGAGAGAAGGGGGAGAAAGGGGAGCCGGGGCAGGCAGGCCCACCGGGUCUAGACGGCCCAACUGGGGAGAAAGGAGAACCAGGUGGCCAAGGGAGACCUGGAACAACAGGAUUGCCUGGCCCAAUCGGGCUCCCGGGAUUUACAGGAGAGAAAGGAGAAGCCGGGGAGAAGGGAGACCCGGGAGUGGAGGUUCCUGGGCCACCAGGGCCAGAGGGGCCUCCUGGACCUCCGGGGCUCCAAGGUGUUCCUGGACCAAAGGGGGAAGCAGGACUAGAUGGAGCAAAAGGAGAGAAGGGCGUCCAGGGAGAAAAAGGAGACCGAGGUCCUCUGGGAUUACCCGGAGCUUCAGGUUUGGACGGCAGGCCUGGGCCACCGGGUACUCCAGGACCAAUCGGAGUCCCAGGCCCGGCGGGACCAAAGGGCGAGAGGGGCAGCAAAGGUGACCCUGGGAUAACAGGACCAACAGGAGCAGCUGGGCUUCCUGGUUUACAUGGACCACCCGGGGACAAAGGAAACCGGGGGGAGAGGGGGAAGAAAGGCUCUAGAGGGCCUAAAGGGGAUAAGGGAGACCAAGGAGCGCCUGGAUUAGAUGCCCCCUGUCCGUUGGGACACCGAGGUUUUAAAGGAGAGAAAGGGGAGCCAGGGUUACCAGGGCUGGACGGACUGGAUGCCCCGUGCCCAUUGGGCGAAGACGGCUUACCCGUCCAGGGCUGCUGGAACAAGUGAUGCCUCUAACCUGGGACUGGCCUGUGUGUGUGUUUGUACAUAGAAUAUUUAUUUUUAUACAGUUUUCACUUUUUGAAAUUGCCAGAAGUAUGAUGCAUCUUACAGAUUAUUAAAAAAGGAAAACCUGCCUAUUUUGUACAGAAAAUACCAACCUCUUCCCUUUUGUUUACAAGAUGUUUUGUAUAAGUCUACGACUCUAAUACACUUUUGUUUUUGAGUACGGUCAUAUGUUUGCAUGAUAUUUGUGCACACUUAUUAAGUAUUGAAGCUUAAUAAAUUAUUGGGUUUCGCUGCCAAAGGGGGCCAGCCAGCACUGA